AUGUCUCGGAAAACUGAGGAAAUGAAGGACUUUCUGCUCACGGCCAGGUGGAAGGACGCCAAGUCUGUCAAGAUCAAGAAGAACAAGGACAAUGUAAAGUUCAGGGUGCGCUGCAGCAGAUACCUGUACACCUUGGUCAUCACAGACAAGGAGAAGUCCGAGAAGCUAAAACAGUCCCUACCCCCUGGUCUGGCAGUGAAGGAGCUGAAGUGA